AGCAUCUUUGUGAGAACUCCAGCGAUUGCGUCCACUGUAUUCUUGAAGGAUUUCACUGCGCAGGUCCCUCGCGCACUGGAAAUAAACUUGAAUGACGUAGAUGAAAAUAGUCUCAAUUUCACAUUUCACCGAAGUCCAGUAAGACGGCACGAAGAUUGCGAGGUUAUAUCACUUCCCAGUGAGAUCUCUUCGACUACGUACGGAACCGAGUAUCCUCCCCCAAGAACUGCGAUCAGUGAGUCUUUGAACACACCUACAGAUCAGUCUGCGAUUCAGGUCAGAUUGUGCCAGUUUGAUUUGUUCCUUCACGAUGCACAAUUUUCCUGCGUGUUCAUUGCAAGAAGGUCAACAGAGUCCGCAAGCAAGCAAACAUGUACGUGUACGUGCCCAUGCGCAAACAAGAGAGAAAACUCAAAAACAGUGCAGGUUUAUUCCGUCUACCUCAUUCGCAAGCAAGAUACGGAAGUUCGCAAAAUCAGCGCACUUUACACGAUCUGCUUCCAAACUGUAGUGUCUCUGCUCAUGCAAAGAAGAAGGGAAAAACUCACCGCUCAGAAGAGUGCGCGGUGCUCUCGCCUACAGACUUAUUCAUCGUACAAGUCAUAUGUCUUGGUAAUGUAGAAUUUUCGUCUUACAUUUUGUCUGCUCGAGACCAGCAAC